AUGAUAACCGGCUGGAUAUGGUGUGCCCGCCGAGUCGUUCGGCACAAUGUGAAGACUCCUCGGCGGUUGCUGUCGACCCAGGCGCCUCAACAUGACCUACUUUCCAAAGCGACCCGUAAUAUCGGCAUCAUUGCCCACAUUGAUGCGGGGAAAACAACUACAACUGAGCGUAUGCUCUACUACAGUGGUGUCACUCGUAGAAUAGGAAAUGUCGACGAAGGGUCCACAGUAACUGACUUCCUUCCUGCUGAGCGAGCGCGAGGCAUCACUAUUCAAUCUGCAGCCAUAACUUUCCACUGGCCUCCACUACCACCAAGUAAUCAAACAUCGCCAUCUCUACCGCAGUUGCCGGUAUCUUUUGACGAUGUUUUGAGGUCUUCUACUCCCCACAACAUUAAUCUGAUUGAUACCCCGGGUCACGCUGAUUUUACAUUCGAGGUACUCCGUUCGCUGCGUGUCUUGGAUGGCGCAGUCUGUAUCUUGGACGGGGUAGCAGGAGUCGAAGCCCAAACAGAAAAGGUGUGGACGCAAGCCGGACACUACCAUAUUCCCAGGAUCAUCUUUGUCAACAAAUUGGACCGCGUAGGCGCUGCCUUUUCAAGAACAGUCAAAGAGAUUGGUUCCAGACUGCGGGGAUGGCCUGCAGUUUGCCAGAUUCCUUGGUGGCAGGGAGGCAAUGGUGACUUUGUUGGAGUUGGAGAUGUUAUUAAUCUUCGUGGUAUGCUCUGGAAGGCAGGCGGAGAUGGCCGAGAUAUCAAGGCCGUUGAGCUUGAAGAGUUGGACAAAACUGAUAAGAACUUUGCCGCAGAGAUUAAAAAGGCCAGGAUAGCUCUUGUCGAGACAUUGAGCGAGCACGACGAUGUAAUGGUUGAACACUUCCUGGAAAAUGACGAAGACCAUCUCGCCAUUUCGGGCAUUCAAAUCACGCAGUCUCUUCGCCGAGUCGUUUUACAAGCUCCCCAAUCGGUUAUACCAGUGUUUGCUGGGGCGUCGUUCCGCAACAUUGGUGUUCAACCACUGCUUGACAGUGUAGUCGAUCUUCUCCCAUCACCUCUCGAACGCCCCGACCCUGAGAUAGCUAUUACAAACCAGAGUAGCACCCUUGCCGCUCUUCUGAGCUCAGCAUCUACAGCACCCACCAAGUCAUCCAAGCCGGCAAAGAAGCAAGAAAAGCGAACGGACGAGCUCGCUAUUGCCGAAGUGAAAAAUCUACAAGCCUGUGCUCUGGCUUUCAAGGUUGUCAAUGACCCCAAAAGAGGCGUUCUGGUCUACGUGCGCGUCUACUCUGGCUCAAUUGAUCGCGGCGCCACGCUGUACAAUACCAACCUGGCCAUUGCGGAACGUGCACCUCGUCUUCUAAAGAUGUAUGCCAAUGAUGCAGUGGAAGUAGACAGCAUCGGUCCCGGCCAAAUUGGUGUCAUCACCGGACUCAAGCAUGCUAGGACUGGCGAUACGCUGAUCGUAUACCGUGGGCUGCAGAUGAAGGGCACACCAUCUGGCGGGUUGAACACACUGCAACUCCGACCUAUUGCCGUUCCGCCGCCCGUAUUCUUUACCAGCAUCGAACCUCACAGUUUGAGCGAGCAGAAGCACGUACAAGAAAGCCUUGCCAUCUUACUACGCGAAGACCCUAGUCUGCACCUCUCAGUCGAUGAAGAGUCAGGACAAACGCAUCUAGCAGGAAUGGGUGACUUACAUCUCGAAAUCGCCCGAGACCGACUUUUGAACGACUUCAAGGCCAAGGCGAGAAUCGGCAAGAUCGAGAUUGGAUACAGAGAGACAAUCACGACUUCGACCGAGCCAUUCACAUAUACUCUUGACAAGCCAAUUGCAGGCAAGCAAGCCAAAGCCAUCACCACCGCCUCCGUCGAAUCCAUCGACGAAGCCACCAUCAGCAACGCCUUAGCCCAAGAUACCCAAGAAGUCCAAGACAGCCCCUUCGAAACAACAUACAAACUCCCGGACAACAACACCCUCUACAUCUCCCACCCCCACCUCUCCUCCCACGACUCCGCAAGCCACAAAUCCCACAUCCCACCACACCUCUCCCUCCCGGGUAUCCUGCACUCUCUCCAAGCCGGCGCGUCCGCAGCCCUCGCCCGCGGCCCCUUCAACGGCUUCCCCGUCGCCAACACGCGCGUCACAAUCGCCCUAGACGCAGCCACCCAUCUCUUCCCCGAGACAACCACCACCGCGCUCUCCAUGGCUGCCCGCGCUGCCGUAGGAGCCAGUCUACGCACAGCUUGUAGUACCGCACCCGCCGCCCUCCUCGAACCCGUUAUGAACGUUACCAUUUUCGUAAACGAAACUUCGCUCGGGGCCGUCGUGCAAGACAUAUCCUCCUCCCGCGGCGGUCAGGUGCUCUCGCUUGAUGGCACCGAAUCCUCGCAAACACCAGGUGUUGACGACGACGACCUUCCGCGUAUCGAUCCUGCCCUUAUUUACACGCCUCCUGACCCUUUUAGCUCGGGUAUGGGCGAGGUAGGGAGUGGUGUUGCGGAUCAUCAGCGCCAGAUUGUAGCGAGGGUGCCGUUGAAGGAGAUGGUGGGGUAUUUGAAUCAUCUGCGGGCGCUGACAGGGGGGAGGGGCACGUUUGUUAUGAGUGUGGAUGGGUUUGAGAAGAUGGCGGCGCAGAGGCAGAAGGAGGUGCUUGAUGCGUUGAGGGAGUUUUGA